AUGUCGUGCGGGACAGAAUGCCUGUCGCUGGGCCCGCCGCCCGACUCGAUAGCGCGUAUGCCGCCGCCCCCGCUGCCCGCAUUCCUGGCCAGCGCUGCCAACCUCACACCGCCUUGCAAGGCUGCCAAGUGUCCGCCGCAAAGCAACAACGAAAUCAACGCUUUCUUCCCGGGCGUUGAGUACCAUGAGCUACCCCGACAUGAGCCGGCUGGUUAUGACGACACAUGGUUUCUGGUGCUGAUCAGUUGCUGCAUCGCCGUCCUCUGCAUAGCUGCUUUGCUGGCGCUGUUUCUGCUUAAAUGUAGAGAAGCGCGAGGUGGAUGCAAAAGUGGAACAGGGAAAGCCGGUGGCUCAAACGCUCUCUACGGCAGUGCCGCUUUGGACUCUCGAGUACUCUGGGCGGCUUUAACCCCAAGAGGCACCCGCCACUUCGUAGCUGACACAUAUCCCCAUGACGAAACCGAAGACCAUCACUACGAAUGCGUCGAGCCACCGCUAUACAAGCUCGGCCCACCUGAAGAUUUGGCUAUAACCCGACACUUUAACGUUGAGUAUGAAGACCCGGCUCCUUUAAUCGAGAGCUACACGGACAGGACUGAGGAGUACUUCCGACACGGGAUGGAGACUCUACACAGAACCAGGCCGUUGGUUUCUUCGCCAACUAGGAUCGAAAGACCGAACCUGCCUCCUCUGAACCUCCAGCCAAGGACUCUACGCAGGGCUCCGCAUUCGAGGCGCGUCAGCGAUGCCAACAACUCCGAGAAAUCGGCCAUCUGA